AUGAACUUCAGAGGUGGUCGGAUGCCCUAUCUGAGCCCUCCUGUGCCCUUUACGGGAUCAAUUCAAGGUGGACUCCAGGAUGGACUCGAGAUCACCAUCAAUGGGAUGGUCCUUCCCUCCGAUGGAAAUAGUACUCAUCUUGAUGGUUCCCAGGGUCCCACUGGACUUCUUGCUAAUACAGCUUCCUUCUGUUGGCAGGUGAUGGUGAAUGGAAGCUACUUUGUUGAGUAUCAGCACCGGAUUCCUUUCCAAUGGGUGGACACCAUUACUGUCAAUGGCAUGGUGCAGCUAACCUACAUCAGUUUCAUGGAAUCCUUUGGAUCGUUUUCAGGACAGAAAUAUAACUUGCCUUUCCAUGCCUCAGUCUAUGGAGGACUCUAUGCAGGCAAAUUCCUACUUGUGCUUGGCUCUGUCCUGCCUACUGCUGACAGGUUUGAAAUCAACCUGAGGAGUGGGAAUGACAUCGCCUUCCACCUGAAUCCACGGUUUCAAGAGAAUACCAUAGUCCGAAACAGCCAUAUCAACUCCUCAUGGGGACCUGAGGAGCGUGCUCUGUCCAGUGUUAUGCCCUUCAUCAAAGGCCAGACCUUCAUGGUGCUGAUCACCUGUGAAGCCCAAGGCUUUAAGGUGACUGUCAAUGGGCAAUAUCUGUUCAGUUACAACCACCGAGUAAAGAACCUGUCAUCGAUCAACAUGCUGGAGGUGGCUGGGGACAUCCAGCUGAAUCAUGUCCAGGUCUAAAGGAGGGUCUUUGCACCCACCUGUCCCAGCCUGAAUCUAUCCCUGUUCUCUCCCUCCCCAAGACUUUACUCAACCAGGCUCACACCCAUGCACCCUUUGGCUAGAGAUCUUGCCCUGGCAUCAUCCCCAAUGGAUGUUCAGCAAGGAGUUGUGGUACACUGCUCCCCUUAUUAUAGAGGAAAGUGGGUCAGGGCCAUAACUUUAUUUCCCUGCCCUUCCAUCCCUCCAAUGCCUAGUAAAGGCUUAGUGCAUGGUAUGUGCUUAAUAAAUGCUUGAUUAGUUGAUUGAAGGUUGCUUCUAUUCUAGUAGAGUGGAAGUUCUUUGAGGACAAACAUGCCUUCAUUUCUCUUUGUAUCCCCAAUGACUAGCACAGUGCUCAU